ACGCGAGCUCAAGCACUGCCCCAGGAAAACUUGAUCUCGAUCUCCUGGCUUUGAUCCUCAGUGGACAGCAGACCAGAGGCACGGAAGAGAGGGAGGAUGCGAGAUGACUGGCCCUCUGGCAACCUGACCAUCUCCUUAGCAGAGCCUUCCAAAGCAAGCUGGGGGCUGGCUGCACAACCCAGGAGGCGCCGCGCCUCUCGCCUCUCCUGGAUGUGUGUGUGUGAGUGAAAGAGCCGGGUGUGGAUGUGGGUGAGUGAGGGUAUGUGUGCAUGUGUGUGUGUGACUCUCAUACACAUCACGACUGUGUGUGUCUAGAUGAGUGUGCAUGUGCACGGGUGAGUGUGUGUGUGUGAGUGUGGGUGGUGUGUGGGUGUGUGUGUGAUCCUGGCAAUUAUUAUUCUUUUUGGGAGAAAAAUCUUGGAAAUCUGGGGCAGUUUACUGUGCUCCUGAGGCGAUUGUCUUUUUCAAGAGCUGACCAGUGCAAGCCAUUUAGAGCCAUUUUCUUGGAAGUAAAAAGCAUUUUCCUCCCUGAAGAAGGAUUUUUUACUCCUGCUCUGCAGUCAAGUAAGAGAGAUUAGUCCCUAAGCCUGUGAAAUUGACCAGCACCGUGUGAUUACCAGGGCUCCAGAAGGGACUCAAAAGGAAAAGAAAAGAAACCAAGCAAACUGUCAGUUCCUUUGGCCACACCAGAAGAUGUCAUCUCAAACUAAGUUCAAGAAAGACAAAGAGAUCAUUGCUGAAUAUGAAGCCCAAAUAAAAGAGAUCCGCACGCAGCUGGUGGAGCAGUUCAAAUGCCUGGAGCAGCAGUCCGAGUCUCGGCUGCAGCUGCUUCAGGACCUCCAGGAGUUCUUCCGCAGGAAAGCUGAGAUCGAACUGGAAUAUUCCCGCAGCCUGGAGAAGCUGGCUGAGCGUUUCUCCUCUAAGAUCCGCAGCUCCCGAGAGCACCAGUUCAAAAAGGACCAAUACCUCCUCUCCCCUGUGAACUGUUGGUAUCUGGUUCUGCAUCAGACCCGGCGGGAGAGCCGAGACCAUGCCACCCUCAAUGACAUCUUUAUGAACAACGUCAUCGUCCGCCUCUCCCAGAUCAGCGAAGAUGUCAUCAGGCUCUUCAAGAAGAGCAAGGAGAUUGGCCUGCAGAUGCAUGAGGAGCUCCUGAAGGUGACCAAUGAGCUCUACACAGUCAUGAAAACCUACCACAUGUACCAUGCGGAGAGCAUCAGCGCAGAAAGCAAGCUGAAGGAGGCUGAGAAGCAGGAGGAGAAGCAGUUCAACAAAUCAGGAGAGCUCAGCAUGAACUUGCUCCGGCAUGAGGACCGGCCCCAGCGCCGCAGCUCUGUGAAGAAGAUUGAAAAGAUGAAGGAGAAGAGACAGGCCAAGUAUUCGGAGAACAAGCUGAAAUGCACAAAGGCCCGGAAUGACUACCUACUAAAUCUGGCAGCCACCAAUGCUGCUAUCAGCAAAUAUUACAUCCACGAUGUCUCCGAUCUCAUUGAUUGCUGUGACUUGGGCUUUCAUGCCAGCCUGGCGCGCACCUUCCGGACCUACCUCUCUGCUGAGUACAACCUGGAAACCUCUCGCCAUGAGGGGCUGGAUGUCAUUGAGAACGCAGUAGAUAACCUGGACUCCCGGAGCGACAAGCACACAGUCAUGGACAUGUGUAACCAGGUCUUCUGCCCCCCGCUGAAGUUUGAGUUCCAGCCCCACAUGGGGGAUGAGGUGUGCCAGGUCAGUGCACAGCAGCCGGUGCAGACGGAGCUGCUCAUGCGGUACCACCAGCUGCAGUCCAGACUGGCCACACUCAAGAUAGAGAAUGAGGAGGUUAGAAAAACCCUGGAUGCCACCAUGCAGACCCUGCAGGAUAUGCUGACUGUCGAGGACUUCGACGUCUCCGAUGCCUUCCAGCAUAGCCGGUCUACAGAGUCCGUGAAGUCCGCUGCCUCUGAGACCUACAUGAGCAAGAUCAAUAUCGCCAAAAGGAGAGCCAACCAGCAGGAAACGGAAAUGUUUUAUUUUACGAAAUUUAAAGAAUAUGUGAAUGGCAGUAACCUCAUCACCAAGCUACAGGCCAAGCAUGACUUACUCAAACAGACUCUUGGUGAAGGAGAGAGAGCAGAAUGCGGCACCACCAGGCCCCCCUGUCUUCCCCCUAAACCACAGAAAAUGAGGAGACCUAGGCCUCUUUCAGUGUAUAGCCAUAAACUCUUUAACGGCAGUAUGGAAACGUUCAUUAAGGAUUCAGGACAAGCUAUACCACUUGUAGUUGAGAGCUGCAUUCGAUACAUCAAUUUAUACGGACUCCAACAACAGGGGAUCUUCAGAGUGCCAGGGUCUCAGGUUGAAGUGAAUGACAUAAAAAAUUCCUUUGAGAGAGGUGAAGACCCCCUUGUGGAUGAUCAGAACGAGCGAGAUAUCAACUCAGUAGCUGGUGUUUUAAAACUGUAUUUCCGAGGACUGGAAAACCCACUCUUUCCUAAGGAAAGAUUUCAAGAUUUGAUAUCUACUAUUAAACUGGAAAGCCCAGCUGAGAGGGUGCACCAGAUCCAGCAAAUCCUUAUCACCCUGCCCCGUGUGGUCAUCGUGGUCAUGAGAUACCUCUUCGCUUUCCUCAACCACCUCUCCCAGUAUAGCGACGAGAACAUGAUGGAUCCCUACAACCUGGCCAUCUGCUUCGGGCCCACCCUCAUGCACAUCCCUGAUGGACAGGACCCUGUGUCCUGCCAGGCACACGUCAAUGAAGUCAUCAAAACCAUCAUCAUCCAUCAUGAAGCCAUCUUCCCCAGCCCCCGGGAGCUAGAGGGACCCGUAUAUGAAAAAUGCAUGGCUGGAGGGGAAGAAUAUUGUGACAGCCCACACAGCGAGCCAGGCACCAUCGAUGAGGUGGACCAUGACAAUGGCACGGAGCCACACACCAGUGAUGAAGAAGUGGAGCAGAUCGAGGCCAUUGCCAAGUUUGACUAUGUGGGUCGGUCCCCUCGUGAGCUGUCUUUCAAGAAGGGGGCGUCCCUGCUCCUCUACCACCGUGCCUCAGAGGACUGGUGGGAGGGUCGGCACAACGGUGUGGAUGGACUCAUCCCUCAUCAGUACAUAGUUGUACAAGACAUGGACGAUGCCUUCUCUGACAGCUUGAGCCAGAAGGCUGACAGUGAGGCCAGCAGUGGGCCUCUGCUGGAUGACAAGGCCUCCUCCAAGAAUGACCUCCAGUCUCCCACAGAGCACAUCUCGGAUUAUGGCUUUGGGGGGGUGAUGGGCCGAGUGCGGUUACGGUCAGACGGAGCGGCCAUCCCCAGGCGUCGAAGCGGGGGAGACACCCACAGCCCACCUCGGGGCCUGGGCCCCAGCAUAGACACACCACCCCGAGCUGCCGCCUGCCCCAGCAGCCCCCACAAACUCCCCCUCACCCGGGGGCGGAUCGAGAGCCCCGAGAAGAGGAGGAUGGCGACAUUUGGGAGCGCCGGCAGCAUCAACUACCCUGACAAGAAGGCGCUCUCAGAAGGGCACUCCAUGAGGUCCACCUGCGGCUCCACCCGGCACAGCAGCCUGGGGGACCACAAGUCCCUGGAGGCCGAGGCCCUGGCAGAAGACAUCGAGAAGACCAUGAGCACAGCGCUUCACGAGUUGCGGGAGCUUGAGCGGCAGAACACGGUCAAGCAGGCGCCAGAUGUGGUGCUGGACACCCUGGAGCCCCUGAAGAACCCGCCAGGCCCCAUCAGCUCGGAGCCUGCCAGCCCCCUGCACACCAUCGUCAUCCGCGACCCCGACGCCGCUAUGCGUCGCAGCAGCAGCUCCUCCACCGAGACCAUGACCACCUUCAAGCCCGCCCUGUCCGCCCGCCUGGCUGGUGCCCAGCUGCGCCCACCUCCCAUGCGGCCAGUGCGGCCCGUGGUCCAGCACCGGUCCAGCAGCAGCAGCAGCUCGGGUGUGGGCAGCCCAGCCGUGACGCCCACAGAGAAGGUGUUCCCCAACAGCUCCACAGACAAGUCAGGCACCAUGUGACCCACAGGCUAGGCAGCACCACCAUGGCCCACUGUGGCCCACCCAGGCCUGAGGUGGCCUCGGUGGCUCCCACUUGCUUCCCGGUGAUGUGGGCCUCAGAGGGCAGGGCCCAGGAGAUCAGCCUGGAAGGGUGUGUGUGUGUCUGUGGAGAGCAGAGGCCCAGGCAUUAGCUGAUGCUCACACUCAGCCAUGCGAAUCCCACAGACCUCUCGUGUGCAAACAGACACCCAGAGGAAUGCUGGAGCAAGAACAACCCAGUGUAGCCAUCCCAAGAUCCAGGCAACAUGCUCAUGGCUUCUCCUGCAUAGCGCCACUGGAAGAGUAGUCUCUCAACCUAUGUAUAUAUGUGUGUGUGUGUAUAUAUAUGCACACACACAUAUAUAUUCAUAUAUAUGUAUGUAUAUGUCUGUAGGUGUGUGUGUAUAUAUAUAUAUAUUUAUGCAUCUAUAUACAUAUACUAGAUCUGGACAUACACACAUGCUAAAUGUAUAUAGUAUCUCCUUUUUCUUUUUAUGAAACUUAGAUUUACCUCAGACCCAUACCACCAAACGUCUCCCACUGAGUUAUUUGGUGGGAUUUGCAGGGACUUUUCUGGGAGAACUUAAGAGGGCCCACAGUAACUGCAAAUGAAGCAAUAUACCACUAACCUGCAGAAUAACAGACAGAAACAGUCUCCCACUAUCUCCAGAAGACGUGGCCUUCCAGAACAGUCUGCCCCCUAAAGGAAGGGUGGGGCAGGGGGGUACCCCAAACAGGCUGCUUCUAGAGGUGGGGAACCCUUCCUAGAAAACCCUUCGUCUACCCCAGAGACCCUGAUCUUCCACUCGGAGGCCAAAGGCCAACUUUGUCCCCCAAAGCACGGGAGGAAUUGCUGAGAAGCCCCCUGGCCACAGCGUCCUUGUGUUUGCGUGUGGAGUCGGGAUGCGGGAUGGUGAUACCUAAUCCCACUGUAGCACAGUACUGUGUGUGGUCUGGGUGGGGGAGGAGAACAAAACAAAAACAGCGAUGUGGAAUACUUCAAAACCUAGAAACGCUUUAGGAAUAAAUCUGUGGUAACUGUA